AGUUUAGCGUUUUUUAGGACGAGAACACACUAAGGUUUCCUAACAACAUAAUUCACACGGGUUAUUUACUUUCGAUUUAUUUCCUACUGAGUCAUUUUGUUGAAUUUAGAAUAUUACACAGUUAAAUACAAAGGAAACAACAAAAAAAGACAGAAAUGUUUGGUAGAUUUGGAGGUAACAUAUUUGGGCCUGAGCUGGGUGGAGGUCUUGGUGGAUUUAAACAGACAUAUAGAUGUUAUUCCGUGACAAUGUUAGAUAACAGAGAAGAUGUUGAGAGAGGGGGGAAAAUUAUUAUGCCUCCUUCUGCAUUAGAUCAACUAACACGUUUACAUAUACAGUACCCUAUGCUGUUUAAACUGAGGAACAAUCAACAAGCCAGACACACACAUUGUGGUGUAUUAGAAUUUGUAGCUGACGAAGGAAGAAUUUAUAUACCUUACUGGAUGAUGAGGAACCUGUUAUUAAAUGAAGGUGACCUUGUGGAAGUAGAGAAUAUUGCAUUAAAAGUAGCCACAUUUACAAAGUUCCAGCCACAGUCUGUUGACUUCUUAGAUAUAACAAAUCCUAAAGCUGUAUUAGAGAAUAUGCUGAGAAGUUUUGCCUGUUUAACUAAAGGAGAUGUCAUAUCAAUCAAGUACAACGAGCGGGAGUAUGAACUAUGUGUAUUGGAAACCAAACCUGAGGAUGCUAUAUCUAUUAUAGAAUGUGAUAUGAAUGUUGAUUUUGCACCUCCAGUUGGUUAUCAAGAGCCAAAACGACCAGAGAAAAAGCAUGAUGAAGAUGUAGAUAUGGAUCACCAUGCCUUUCAGGAUCCAAUAGACAUGUCUGAGUAUCUAGAUAAAGCUUUUACAGCAUUCAGUGGUUCUGGUAAUAGGUUAGAUGGAAAAAAGAAAGGCCUGGAUGCUUCUCCAGAAGUUAAAAACUCAGUUCCACACAAAAGAGGAGUCCCAAAUUAUAAACAUAAGAAAGGUACCAUAACAUUUAUCAGAACACGAAGGAAUAUCACAGAUAAUAAUGAGGAGGAGGAAAAAGAUUUUGAAGCCUUUUCAGGUUCUGGUCAGAUGUUAAGGAAGAAAGAAAGGAAAUGAAAGGUUUAUUUUUGUCUGACUUGGGACUUUUGAACUGGCCAUAAGAUGUGCAAAGGACAUUUAUUUAUUUAUUUUCGUUAGAAAGAACUAUUGUACUUCCUAUACAAGUCUACUGUCUUGCUAUAUGAUGUGAAACAGAUAUACAUACUUGAUUAGAGGAGCACAGACAAUAGGAAUAUAUUAGCAGAAAUAAUCUGCUUAAUAUGUUUGUUUGCAAUAUGUUAUAAGAAAUGUAAGAUUAAAAUUGUAUUUACAGUUUCUAGUGUGUUUUCAAUAACAUAUCUUUAUGUCCAGAAGUUACUUAUAAAAUUGAGAAUGGAAAUGGGGAAUAUGUCAAAGAGACAACAACUUCUAAGCAGUGUGAAAAUCCCACCUCAGCUGGCCUCGAAAUUAAAAUGUGUACUGGGAGGGGGUACUAGUUCAGUGAAUAUGGAUGUCAUACUAAACUCCACAACAUGUAAAUGAACUAUAAUUUAUAUAAAAACAUUCAAGAAUUGAGACAGGCGCAAAAGUGAGGUGUGGUUAAAAAUAUUUUGUGAGAUCUCAACCCUUCUCUAUCUCUUACUAAAGUAGAAUGGGUAACAAAAGAUACUAAUGAAAAUGACAAUGAUACAUAGAUUCAUAAAGGACUCCUAGCAGUUACUCACAUGCCAGCUACAGACCU